GGUAGGGCUUUAUGGAUUGAAAAACUCGAGAUCGGCCAGAUGCUCGGGGUUUAACUCAGCCUCAAGAUCGGCAAUACCGCCAUACAUAGCUGACGCGAUGGAUUGCAUGAUGAUUGAAGAGAACAAGGAGGUCGAUACAUAUGAAGUUAGGCCGAAGAGUUAAAGUAACUAACUACUGCUUAACUAUAGAUCUUAGGAUACUACCUAACUAUACCAAGAAGCAAUUGGUGUGUCUUAUGAAUAGCUAUAUUGUAGUCCAAACAGCAGCACGUUGUAGAAUUGAUAGGAGACGGGAUGAGAGUUCAAACCUAGGCGAUUCUCCGCGCUAGAUUUGAGUGAACAUUCAUGCAAUUCCAAACAAGGAAGGCGGCCCGUGUUGGCCCCUGGGAGAGACCCUUGUUCGAGUCGGCCAACCCCAGCUUGUUGUAUCCAUCUGCUCUAGGACCCUGUUAUGAGGGAAUGGAGAAACUGAGUGUAGCAUCAGACGGGAGAGCAACUUGGCAAAGGGUAUAUAGGAGAUGGAAAUCCCCAUUCGAAGUCCUAGUUUGAUGGAUCAGGUCAGCCAUUUCGACUCUUGGCCCAAGUAGAGAAAUUUGCCUAUCAGAAUGUCUAUCCGGAAGAGCCUCGCCGGCACGGGGUUGGCUCUGCUAAUGGCAACUGCCACUCCAGUAGCGAAUGGUAGUCCUAUCGAGCAUCUUUUGCACCUAGUGACUCGAGAUCCUCCACAGGCGCUACCGGAGAAGGCCACGGCCAACGACAAGAAAUGGCAACCUGCAAUGGACUUCGAUACCGAUGGGUGCUAUAACACGCCGGCCAUCGAUGCCAACGGCAACAUAAAUCCAGGCCUCGACCAUGAAAACACUGGCCUAUCCUCGGAUUGCCACGACCCCUCGGACCUCGCCAACAACAACGUGUACUCCCGAGCGCGGUGCAACAACGGCUGGUGCGCAUAUCUAUACGAUUAUUACUUCGAGAAAGACGUGGCCAUCGCCAACUUCCCCCUCGACCCGGGACACCGCAACGACUGGGAGCACGUCGUCGUCUUCGUCCAAAACGACGAAGCUAAAGUGGUAGCUGUGUCGCAACACGGCGAUUACCAAGUCAAGAGUGCCAGCGAUGUCCGAUGGGACGGCACGCAUCCCAAAGUCGUGUAUAACAAGGACGGGGUUGGUACGCACGACUUCCGAUUCGCGAAUGAGGACGAUGACAACAUCGAGAAUGACACUGGGAAGUGGUUCUACGGCGCCUUGAUCUCAUACAACGGAUUCCCGAGCACCGCGCUUCGAGACAAACUUGUAGCGUACGAUUUCGGCAGCGCUAGCAUCGCGUUCAAGGACUCGAGUUUCCCGGGCCAACUAGAAAAGGCUCGGGGCGAUCUGGUAUCGGGUUUUGAUAGCAAUGUAGACGACGGAUCUCCUGGAAAUCCAUAGACGGCCCAGAUUUGCAAUAUGCAACAACAAGUUAUAUUAUAAAAUUAUUCCAGCGUGAAAAUAUAUACUAAUUAUAUCUAAGUGAAUGGCGUGUUUGUCCUUGUUAGUCCCGCUACCGCACUCAUUCUACGGCAGCAGGGUGGAUUGGACCGGCUGUCUAGGCCUUGGAUCAUUCUCCCACAUUGAACGAUAAAAAAGAAGUUGACGCUCCCGCGCAUUGAGAGUCGCGAGAGGUAGGCAAUUUGUGGGGGCUAUAUAGGUAGAGGUAUAUAACAGGUAUAUAACAAGUCAACUGUGCUUGAACGUUUGAGAUAGAAUCGAUACGAGACACUUGUCUACGUCUACCGAUCCCAUCCACGGAGAUGCGACGAGAUAGAGCUCAUAAACGAAUGAAUUAAUUCGAUAGCAGCUCUUAGCUCUUACUGAUCCAUAGCCCAAAUUAAGUUCAAUUAUUACAUUUUGGUUGUGCGUAUGAUUCUCGGAAUCUGAAAAUGUUGCUUUGUUGAUUG